AGAAACGAGAGUUCGAGGAAACAAGUGGAUGCAGCUACCGCAAAUUGAAUGUCCAUUUUGCGCAUGUGUAUAUUCGUUGAUUCUUCUUCGUGCCAUCCGUUCCAAAACCGAUAUCUGUGUCAUUUCCAAUCAAAUUAGCGCGUUCAUCCAAACCUUUAAAACAAAGAAAUCUUAUUAUUAUUAUUAUAAUUUUUUGUUUUCAAAAGUGGGAGAAAAGCAGUGUGGACUGUUAAAGGAUAGAUGCAUGAGCCUAUUCAGAAUUCACGAUAGGAUUUUGAACUAUUUUCUUGGUGAUUGAAAGACUCGUCUUCGUUAUUCAGCCAAUUUGCACGGCCUAUCGACAUCAUUAACAAACGGAUGCGAUAACACUGGUCAUUGAUUAUUACUGUACACAUCUUUGCUCGAAUCGUGCGAGCUGGUGCUUGAUCAACGAGAAUGGAAAUGUGUUCAUAUCAACAUCCGUCAGAUGCCGAGUUAGCGUCGGUCAUCAAAAUGAAGAUGAGUUUACCGGUGGUGGUUUCGUCAUCGGCAGGUAAUUCGUCCCUACAUCAUCCUCACGGUGCGAAUAGAGCCUCGUCUAUCAUGCAAUUGGCCCAGCAACAUCUACCCAAGUCGGAUAUCGGCAAUGCCGUUGCUAAGGUUUUGCAAGGCUACGAUUGGAACCUAGUACCGUUGGCAAGCAGCAGGUCGAAUCCAGAAAAGAGGGACACUCACGUCAAACGGCCGAUGAACGCUUUCAUGGUGUGGGCGCAGGAGGCCAGGCGGCAAUUAGCCGACCAGUACCCGCAGUUGCACAAUGCCGAGUUGAGCAAAACACUCGGCCGGUUAUGGAGGUAAGAACACUCACUUUAUAUAGGCAGCUUUGUUUAGUGGUCAAUGUGCAGUUUUCUCAAAUCAUUGUUUUCCGAAUUGUGGUCAAGUGAUGUGUGUGCUGC